GACGGCCCCCCUCUCUCGGCCCGGCCAUCUUGUGGGAAGAGCUGAAGCAGGCGCUCCUGGCUCGGCGCGGCCCGCUGCAAUCCGUGGAGGAACGCGCCGCCGAGCCACCAUCAUGCCUGGGCACCUACAGGAAGGCUUCGGCUGCGUGGUCACCAACCGAUUCGACCAGUUAUUUGACGACGAAUCGGACCCUUUCGAGGUGCUGAAGGCAGCAGAGAACAAGAAAAAAGAAGCCGGCGGGGGCGGCGUUGGGGGCCCGGGGGCCAAGAGCGCAGCUCAGGCCGCGGCCCAGACCAACUCCAACGCGGCAGGCAAACAGCUGCGUAAAGAGUCCCAGAAAGACCGCAAAAACCCGCUGCCUCCCAAUGUUGGCGUGGCUGACAAGAAAGAGGAGACGCAGCCGCCCGUGGCGCUCAAGAAAGAAGGAAUAAGACGUGUAGGAAGACGACCUGAUCAACAACUUCAGGGUGAAGGGAAAAUAAUUGAUAGAAGACCAGAAAGGCGACCACCUCGUGAACGAAGAUUUGAAAAGCCACUUGAAGAAAAGGGUGAAGGAGGCGAGUUUUCAGUUGAUCGGCCUAUAAUUGAUCGACCUAUUCGAGGCCGUGGUGGUCUUGGAAGAGGUCGAGGAGGCCGUGGACGUGGAAUGGGCCGAGGAGACGGAUUUGAUUCUCGUGGCAAACGUGAAUUUGAUAGGCAUAGUGGAAGUGAUAGAUCUUCUUUUUCCCAUUACAGUGGUCUGAAACAUGAGGACAAACGCGGAGGGAGCGGAUCUCACAACUGGGGAACUGUCAAAGAUGAACUCACAGAGUCCCCCAAAUACAUUCAGAAACAAAUAUCUUAUAAUUGCAGUGAUUUGGAUCAAUCAAAUGUGACUGAGGAAACACCUGAAGGGGAAGAACACCCAGUGGCAGACACUGAAAAUAAGGAAAACGAAGUGGAAGAGGUAAAGGAAGAGGGUCCAAAAGAAAUGACUUUGGAUGAGUGGAAGGCAAUUCAGAAUAAAGACCGGGCAAAAGUGGAAUUUAAUAUCCGAAAACCAAACGAAGGUGCAGAUGGGCAAUGGAAAAAAGGAUUUGUUCUUCAUAAAUCAAAGAGUGAAGAGGCUCAUGCUGAAGAUUCGGUUAUGGACCAUCAUUUCCGGAAGCCAGCAAAUGAUAUAACAUCUCAGCUGGAGAUCAACUUUGGAGACCUAGGCCGCCCAGGACGUGGUGGCAGGGGAGGGCGAGGUGGACGUGGGCGUGGUGGACGUCCAAAUCGUGGCAGCAGGACUGACAAGUCAAAUGCUUCUGCUCCUGAUGUGGAUGACCCAGAGGCAUUUCCAGCUCUGGCUUAACUGGAUGCCGUGACAACCCUGGUUCCUCUGUGGACCCUCCUGUUCAAAGCUUUUGCAUGCUUAAGGAUCCCAAACGACUAAGAAAUUUAAAACACAAACAAAAAAGACUGUCAUUCAUACCAUUCACACCUAAAGACUGAAUUUUAUCUGUUUUGAAAAUGAACUUCUCUCGCUACACAGAAGUAACAAAUAUGGUAGUCAGUUUUGUAUUUAGAAAUGUAUUGGUAGCAGGGAUGUUUUCAUAAUUUUCAGAGAUUAUGCAUUCUUCAUGAAUACUUUUGUAUUGCUGCUUGCAAAUAUGCAUUUCCAAACUUGAAAUAUAGGUGUGAACAGUGUGUACCAGUUUAAAGCUUUCACUUCAUUUGUGUUUUUUAAUUAAGGAUUUAGAUGUUCCCUCAAUUACAAACUGGUUUUAAAUAUUGGACAUAAUAUUGGUUUUAAUACCUGCUUUGCGUUUUCACACAUGGUCAACUGGGACAUGUAAACUUUGGUUUGUCAAAUUUUAUGCUGUGUGGAAUACUAACUACUUUAUGUAUUUUAACUUAGUUUUAAUAUUCUCAUUUUUGGGGGAAAAUCUUUUUUCACGUCUCAUGAUAGCUGUUAUAUAUGCUGUAUCUUUAUAUACAGAAAUACCAGUACUUGAACAAAUUCAAAGCACAUUGGUUUAUUUAACCCUUGCUCUUGCAUGGUUCAUUAGGUUCAAAUUAUACCUAAUUCACAAUUUAAACUAUAAUUACUUAUAAAAAAACAUGUGACUUUCCCGUUUCAAAAACCAAACUAGACACUCUGUGAUAGUUGUUUUAAGAUACUUCUUAUUGCUAGAAACAUCCUGUCAAGUGAAGUAGUUCUAUGGGUGUGGGCUCUUCCUUCCUUCCCCUUACCAGGGUAAGUGGAAUAAGUUGAGUUGGCUGAUAUUUAAAUUGUCCUAUAAGUGUCUGGCCACUUGGUAUGAUUUGUGUGUGCGUGAAAGUUCCCAAAUCAAAAUAAUCCAUAAUCAACAACCCUUCAGCCUUUCCUUGUUAUGAAGAAACCAAAGGGUACUGGUUAUUUUAGUCAGAUGGGCGAGUAUUUAAAUUUUUGGAAUCUGGAAAGCAGACAGUUUUACUUUGUAAGGUUGGAGCAGCAGCACCAUCCCUGAAGUGUAACCCAGAAAUCUUAGUGUUUCUCAAUUUCCUAAAUUGCUAUUAAUUGGUCUUCAGUUGAUGGAUGAAUGUUCCACAAAAGUGGUGGUUUUCCCUCUUCCAUUAGGAAGUUAGGUAAGUAAUUUUUCCUAGAAAGGGAGUAUCACUAAAUUGUGGCUAGAAUAAAGAACAAGUUUUUAGGGUUUUCAAAAUAUUCUGCCACAUUUAAGGUAUUGAGUGCUGGCACAAAAAUUUCAAUGCUUUUUCUACUUCUCUAUGAUAGUAUGGAGAUUCAAUCUAAAACAUCUGCCAUUCAGCUGAUUGAUUGGUUCUGUUCUCACAUAGUCUAAAACUGGUACCAGACAAUAGUUGUUGAUUGGUAUUUGAGUCUACUUGUUUACCUAGUAGUUUGGCAUCUUAGGAAGGAGGUACUUGUUUUUUAACGAUGGAUACGUUUGUGCUGGUGUUUUGGAUCUUACGAUGUUGAACACGUUCUGCACUGGUGCUAAUGCCUAACAUAGUUUUAUAUUUCAUGCCUGCUACCCAGAGGCAAGUAUUGACCCCUCUUGAAAUUGCAACAGAAGACACUUCUGGAUCAGUGUGUUUAGACUUCAGGUAUCUAAACCAUUUCCAAACCUGUGACAUGUUUAUAAACCAUAAAUCAACAACACUUUGAGAUAACUGCUACUGAAGACUCCUCUGUCAGGAAUUGUCACUAAGGAAUACAUAGCAAUAUCUGAUAUGUUGCAAGCUUUCAAGCUAUCCUAAGCUUGGUAAAAGUUGGUCCAUUAGUUGUGUCUGAUGGAUGUAAGUUUGCCUCUUAGUUAACUUUGUCAAGAGCUAAAACUGUGAACCUAACUUUCUCUUAUUGGUGGGUAAAAAUGAAAUAAAGAUUUAUUUUCAUGCUCACUUAAAAGCA